GAAUUCAUUCAUUUUUCUACACAUAACACAAUGGCUUAUGCUUCUUGUAGAAGUGCUUUCUUGACCUUUCUCCUAAUCCUCCUUACUUUUCUUUCAUUUUCCCAUAUUGAAGUGUGUGAGGCACAAGCCAAACCUCCUCCUAUAGUAAAAGGACUAUCAUGGACUUUCUACGAUUCAAAAUGUCCUAAACUUGAAUCUAUCAUCAGAACUGAGCUCAAGAAGAUCUUUGAUAAGGAUAUUGGUCAAGCUGCUGGCUUACUUCGCCUUCAUUUUCAUGACUGCUUUGUUCAGGGUUGUGAUGGGUCAGUACUAUUGGAUGGAUCAGCAAGUGGGCCUAGUGAGAAAGAUGCACCCCCAAAUUUGACUCUCAGGGCCGAAGCCUUUAAGAUAAUCGAAAAACUUCGUAGUCGUGUAGAGAAGCAGUGUGGAAGAAUCGUUUCCUGUGCUGAUAUCACUGCCGUUGCUGCUCGUGAUUCUGUUUUCCUCUCAGGAGGACCAGAAUACAAAAUCCCAUUAGGAAGAAGAGAUGGAUUAACAUUUGCAACAAGAAAUGUAACAUUACAAAACCUUCCUUCACCAUCAAGCAACACAACAACAAUCCUAAACUCACUUGCAACAAAAAACCUUAACCCAACUGAUGUAGUAGCACUCUCAGGUGGCCACACAAUAGGCAUAAGCCACUGUUCCUCUUUCACAAACAGACUCUACCCAACACAAGACACUGUCAUGGACAAAACCUAUGGCAAAAACCUUAAACUCACUUGUCCUACUUCAAACACAGAUAACACCACAGUUCUAGAUAUUCGUACUCCUAACAAAUUCGAUAAUAAAUACUAUGUUGAUCUUAUGAAUCGUCAAGGUCUUUUUACGUCGGAUCAAGAUUUGUACACUGAUAAAAGGACUAAGGAUAUUGUUACUAAUUUUGCUGUGAAUCAAUCUUUGUUCUUUGAGAAAUUUGUUGCUGCUAUGCUUAAAAUGGGACAGCUUAAUGUUUUGACUGGAAAUCAAGGAGAGAUUCGUGCUAAUUGUUCUGUUAGGAAUAAGGAUAGUAAAUCUUUUAUUACUUCUGUUGUGGAAGAUGUUGUUGAAGGUUUCUUAGAAAUGUGAUGAAUAAUAACAAAUCUUUUGUAAUGUAAUAAAUAAUAAUGUUCCUUACUUGUAUUAGAGUAAUGGAAAAUCUAGGUGAGUGCUUUUUCAUUUUGCAUACUUGUUGUAAGAAUGUUAAUUUGAAAAAUAAAAGUUGAUGUGAGUGA